UGCCAAAAGAACUGUCAUGAACUGUUGAAAGUUCGGGCAGUAGGUGAGUCCAAGUUAGUUAAUCGAAGACCAACACAAGUUUGAUAACGAGGCAUAUCAUUAAGCAUGAGUGGAGGGUAGCAGGCAGUAGGGCAUGGUAGGGCACGCAACGCAUGUGGCCGGGACGGUGCCGACGCAUCUGGUGACGAGGGGGGCGCGGCGGGGGCUAAAAUUAGUACCGGAGCGCCACGUGCGCUUCGAACGAGCAUCAGUCCGCGCUCAACCACCACGUCGAACGGUCGCUCCCGCACACACGCCGGUGUUUACUACUGUAACUUAACCUACACACUCGUGCGACCCGUAGCCUGGUAGACCGCGACAGCGGCAGUGACAGUGUUAGCAGAGUGCAACGGUGGCCGGCGCGACGGAGGCUGUGCAAGGCAUGUUGAUGGCGGGCGCUCUGCCGGCCGAGCCCGAGGGGCUGCUGGCACUAGGCGCGCUGCCGGGCCAGAAGGAUACCACCUGGACGAAGCUGUUCGUCGGAGGACUCCCGUACCACACCACGGACAAGAGCCUCAGGGAACACUUUGCAGUCUACGGUGAUAUCGAGGAAGCAGUCGUCAUUACAGACAGACAGACCAGCAAAAGCAGAGGAUAUGGCUUUGUAAUAAUGGGUGACCGAGCGGCGGCGGAGAGAGCGUGCAAGGACCCGAAUCCCAUCAUAGACGGGAGGAAAGCAAACGUUAAUCUCGCCAUCCUCGGAGCCAAGCCCAGAGGGAACCUGGCGCCAGGUUUCGGGUUAGCCGCAGCAGCUGCGGCGGGUGUUCGUGCCGGCUAUCAGACAGUGCUGCCAUCGCCGUACGGGUUGUCGCCUGGAUACAUGUACAGCACGCCUCAGUACAUGAACGCGAUGAGCGGCGUGGGAGCGAGCGUGGGCACGGGAGCCGGUGGCUUGGUGCAACUGCCGCAGCUGCAGCACGCCGCUGCAGUUGCUGCAGCGAACCACCUGUACGAGUAUCAAGCGGCUGCAGCGCAGGGCGCGGCGGCAUACCAACAGCAGUACGCAGCAGCUGGCUUCGACCCUUACGCUACAGCUGCUGCAGCAGCGGCGGCAGCAGCUAGCGGUGCAGGCUACGUGUCUCCGUACUACACGCUGCAGGGCGGCGGCAUGCAGGCCGCCCCCCUCCUGCCCCCCCUGCCCUACCCCCCGCAGCUGCAAGAGGCGCGGAUGCAGUAGAUCUCACCACUCCGUUCCCGGAAACAUUACUGAUGACGCGCCCCAUCCAUUAAAAUAUUAGCGUGGGAGUGAGAUUCACCUAGAAUGAAGUCGAGGACUUGGACGGCGACAUAGUACAAGUUAGGGGUAACAACCCGAGUAGGUAGGUAUCACUGAUACAUAGCACGUAAGCUUAAUCAUAAUUGUAAUAUUCUGUUAUUCGUAAUUUAUUUUGUUGAUAUUUGUAAAUCUACAUGUUGAUAACUAUUUAUUAUGUGGAAGAUAAAUAAAAAAUUGUUGAAUAUUUACCGACCGAAUCGAAUCUCUCAGCGCCCGGAGUUUUCACAGUUUAAACAUGAUUCGGUCUGAUAUAUUGAAUUAUAUACAUUCAUUAUAACUUUAAAUGUAAGUAGAAUAAUAUUAUAAGUAGAUGCGUACCAAAAGAAACAUAGUAAGCCAUAGAAGUGGCCAUCUUGCCUUAUAUAUAGAAGAAAUAUUGUACUUAGUUAUAUAUAACACUAAAUUAUACACACAUAUCAUCAAGGUAUAAAAUUGUUCAGAGCGGCAAUACGCACUGAAUUGUCCAUAAUAGUGCAUUUCAUUCACAGUAAUUUUAAGCACAAUUACUAUUAUAUAUGUAUUACAUUGCUAUAUGAACGUGAAUUCAUAAUAAAUACUUAAUAACUGUUAUAAUUAAUUUUUAAUUAUACUAUCGUACUUAAUUUAGGUUAUAAUAAAAAGGAAAAUAAAUUUUUAAGGUACA